AUGGAACCGUACAACAACAUACCGGCCGCGCCAGUAGUCAGAGGUGUUGGGGGGAUGGGUUCCUACUGGAGCUGCGCCACGCCUGAGAUGUGUCCUGAUGUGGAGCGGCCUGAUCUCUUCACAGACGAGGAGUGGCGCGAGUUGUACGCCAAGGCGAAAGCGUUAUUCCGCACCACAGAUACGGCGUUCGACCACUCGAUACGCCAUCAACUCGUCAAGGAAAGCCUCACUCAGGCGCACAGGGACCGAAAGUUUGCCAACCUGCCCUUGGCGUGUGAGCGAAACCCCUUCGACCCGGAUCGUGUACAAUGGACAGGACCAGCCAGCAUUUUGGGUAAACUUGCGGAUCCGCAUCUUCACGGUGGAAAUUUUGAGCUGAAAUCUCGCCACUGCUGUCGUAAGCUACUGAUCGACGACACUUCACAGCAGGUAAUCGGAGCCGAACUCGUUGACCUAUACACGAAUGAGGUGACUGUGGCUAAAGCCCGAUUUUACGUGAUCUGUGGCGGAGCGAUUCUCACGAAUGGAAUUCUCUUCAAUUCCGGAAUCCGCCCCGAGACAGGAUAUAAUGCUGUUGGCCACUAUUUGACUGAGCAGACCAUGGCUGUUUGCCAGAUUGCUUUGAAAAAUAGCCUGAUUGAAAGCACUUGGAGUGAUCCACGAUGCCAAGAGCAGUACAAGAGAUUUCCCAACGACCCGCUGCGCAUACCUUUCGACGACCCUUCACCUCAGAUUACAAUUCCGGUAACCGAGAAGCAUCCUUGGCAUACACAAAUCCAGCGAGAUCCUUUCCACUACAACAGCAUUCCAGCGUCCAUUGAUCCCCGCCUCAUAAUCGACAUUCGUUUCUUUGGAUACGUCGAGCCGAGCUACGAGAACCAUGUUACUUUCCAAGAAGGAUACAAUGAUGCCUUCGGCAUGCCUCAACCGAUUAUUCGAUUCCGAGUCGGAGAAGCAGGGUUGAAACGCCAGCAAAGUAUGAUGGAUGAAUUUAACAAUAUUGUCGGCAGUAUGGUCAAUAUCGCUCUUAGUAUCGGGGACUUUCUCCCGGGUGGUGAGCCCAAGGUUUUGCCGCUGGGCGCAGCGACACACAUCUGCGGAACAACCCGCGCAGGCACCAAAGACGAUGGAACAUCCGUGGUCGAUAGGAACUCCAAGAUUUGGCGGCUGGACAACUUGUUCAUCGGGGGGUGUGGAGUAAUUCCAACACAGAACGCGUGCAAUCCAACCCUGACAGCAGCUUGUUUCGCCAUUGUUGGUGCACGGAAGAUUGUCCAAGAACUAGCAGACAUUGAACGUAGCGGUAAGAGUAGCUACAUUGAUUCAUAA